AUGAAAAAUAAAAAAAUAGUUAGUCGUCCUAUGCGACCAUUGAUUGUUCCAAAACAACGCUUAGCAAACUUUGUGGAUUUGCGUCAAUGGAUGCCACCUAUUGAUAAUCAACAAGAUAUGAAAACUUGGUAUAGAUUAAUUGAUUCAUUAUAUAGCUAUGUUUAUUUAUUUGAUUAUAGUUGUGCUAGUGCAUUUGCAGGAAUUUGCAAUUAUUUAUUUAAACGUUCAAUGGGUCGUCAGAGUAAUGUAUCUCGUUUAUUUAUUUAUUAUAAUGGUCGAAUGAUUCAACAACGUACAUUAGAAGUUGAAGAUAGAGGAGUUUUUCCAAAAAAUAUUGCUUUAGGCUUAAGAAAAUAUGGAGUUUGUGAAGAAAAAUAUUGGCCAUAUGAAAAACAUUUAUUAAAUGAAUUACCACCAGAUUCGGUAUAUGAACGUGCAAGUCGCUAUACUGUUAUCCCACUUCAUAUGAUAUGUGAUAUAAACGCUAUUGAAAUAUGUUUACAUAAUCAGUUACCAGUUCUUAUUGGUAUUAGAUUAAUUCAACAAAAUAUUCAACGUAAUGGUGGUUAUUUACAGGUUCCUGCUGAUCUAAAUGAUUCAUUAAUUAAAAAAACUGGUAUGCAUGGUAUUAUAAUUGUUGGAUAUAAUAGAAAAACACAAUAUUUUAUUUGUAGAAAUUCUUAUGGAGAAAACUGGGGAUAUCAUGGUUAUUUUUAUCUACCAUAUGAGUAUCUAACUCAUCCUCGUCUUAUUGAUUAUAUGCGUGGUUUAUGGUCGAUUUUAAAAAUAAUACCACGUACAACUACAUUACCUACUGUACGUCGAUUAGUUGUAUCUUAA